CACUUUGAACUCCUUCCUGAACCAACCCUCCGCGAAGCCCAGCAAUCCCUCCUCGACGAAAUCACCCCCAGCAUCGCCCAUCUCCUCUCCCUAGCGUCGAAUCACGUCGAGAAGCUCUCCCGGCGCGAAGAAGGACUCCGUGCGAAAUGCGAGCUGCAGGAGGGAAGACUGUAUUCGGGCGAGAGCCGCCAACCCCCAAGUCGUCCGCAUAGGAGCAGCGCAUUCGGUGAUCGGUCUAAGGCCGUCUCCGCGUCGAAAGCGGCUGAGUAUCGACGGCUGGUUCAGAAGAAGGAGCGGCUUCAGUAUGCGGUCGAGAGGCUGGAGUUGCAGGGUAAACAGCGGGAGCGACAGUUGAGGAAGAGCAUGGCUAUUCAGUAG